AUGAGUUUUUUAGAGCUUGACCUUCAAGCUCCAGGCACACCAUACAAAGAAUUUUGCUUGACCUUUUCUUGGGCUGUGUAUACGUUUGAACAGUAUUUAAGUUAUCGACAAUAUCUUAAAAUUAAAGAACCUAAGCCACCAAAAUCUUUACAACAUAUAGAAGAAGUCAUUAAAAAGUUCUCUAAAACACAAGAGUAUAGUUUGGAUAAAGCUAGAUUUUCAUUUGUAUCAACUCUGAUAAGUCAAAUACAAAGUACAUGGAUAAUUGUAUUUGACAUUCUUCCAUGGCUAUGGUCUCUUUCAGGUGAUUGGUUGGAGUAUGCUGGAUAUGAGAAAGAUUAUGAGAUUACACAUUCGUUGGUUUUCACGGUGGUCUUUAUCUUAAUGACUUAUUUGAUGUCACUUCCAUUUAGUCUUUACUAUACAUUUGUUAUCGAAGAACGUCAUGGGUUUAAUAAAAUGACAGUAGGACUGUUUUUUAUGGAUAUGAUUAAAGGCUUUUUAAUUGCAGGAGUUAUAGGAUUACCAAUUUUGGCAUUACUUUUGCAAAUAAUCAAGUGGAGCGGAGAUGCUUUUUAUUUUUAUGUAUGGAUAUUUACGAUAAUUAUCAACUUUGUCUUACUCACAAUAUAUCCAACGCUUAUUCAACCUUUAUUUAAUAAAGUAACUCCGCUGCCAAAAGAAGAACUUCGUUCACAAAUCGAAGCUUUAGCUUCUCGUGUCUCAUUUCCUCUUAAAAAAUUAUAUGUAAUUGAUGGUAGUAAAAGAUCAAGUCAUUCAAAUGCUUACUUUUAUGGAUUUUUUAAAAACAAAAGAAUUGUUUUAUAUGACACUUUAAUUGAACAAGCUGAUACUGAAGAAAUACUGGCAGUAGUGUGUCAUGAACUGGGACAUUGGUCUUUAAAUCACACUGUCAAAGUUUUAAUCAUCUCUCAACUUCAUAGCUUCAUGCUUUUUCAAUUCAUCUACUCACCAAUUGAUAAUGCAAUAUCGUUUUUCAUGAAUAUUCUAAGUAGGAAACAUGAAUUUGAGGCUGAUGCAUAUGCAAAAAAAUUGGGUUAUGGAGCUCAGCUUCGCUCAGGUUUAAUUAAAUUACAAAUAGAAAACUUGAGUAAUUUGAACAACGAUUCUUGGUAUUCUGCAUAUCACUUCUCGCAUCCACCUUUACCAGAAAGAUUAAACGCGUUGGAGAAGAUUGAAUGA